AUGUCUCUAGUAAUUCCCGAGAAGUUCCAGCACAUUCUGCGUGUCCUCAACACCAACAUUGAUGGGCGCAGGAAGAUUGCGUUUGCUAUCACAGCCAUCAAGGGUGUUGGUCGACGUUACGCACAUGUCGUGCUGAGGAAGGCUGACAUCGACUUGAGCAAGAGGGCUGGAGAGCUGACGGAGGAUGAGGUGGAGCGUGUAAUUACUAUCAUGCAGAAUCCUCGUCAGUACAAGAUCCCCGACUGGUUCCUCAACAGGCAGAAGGACAUCAAGGAUGGCAAAUACAGCCAGGUCCUGGCUAACGGGCUUGAUAACAAGCUCCGUGAGGAUUUGGAGCGCCUGAAGAAGAUUCGUGCUCACCGGGGGCUUCGCCACUUCUGGGGCCUGCGUGUGCGAGGCCAGCAUACAAAGACCACCGGAAGAAGGGGUCGCACUGUUGGUGUGUCGAAGAAGAAAUAA